AAUUAAUAUGUGGAAUAUGUAGCGCAUAGUAUGCUCACCCUCUCGAUGACCUAUCAGUAACCAACAUGAGGGUGAGGCUUCAGCCCCACCGCGGCUGCUACCAUAUAAAACUCAACCUCGCCGGCACUGUCACUGGCGCAGCCACACAACGCCACUAUGCCACCAAAUACACGGCCAAGAUUACCUCCACCUCCCCAACCGGUCGGUCCCUCUCUGCGGAGGUCACACCUCCACUGCCACAUCCCACUGAUAUCCGAGGCUACGCUCUGCCACGCCGCGACCUCAUUUGCAAAGCCACCCGCAUCCUCCUCCACCAAUCCCCUUCCGCCACGUCAGACCCCUUCUCCGAGCUCUCUGACUACUUGUCCUCCCUCUCUCUCUCCCUCACCACCUUGGAAGUCUCCGAAAUCCUCAAAUCCCUGAACAACCCCCGCCUCGCCCUCCGCUUCUUCCGAUUCUGCCCCUCUCUUUCCCCGGAUUUCCGACACGACUCCUCCACCUACACCCGCCUACUCCUCAUACUCUCCAAGUCCACAUCUUCGGACCGGCUCGACCUGGUCCGGUCGAUCCUCUCGGAGUUGGAAGGGUUCAAAAUGCCUGGGACGAUCUCGAUGGUCAACAUCCUGAUCGGGUUGUUUGGACGGAGUGAGGACCUGGAAAGGUGCUUGGGUUUGGUGGAGAAAUGGGAGCUGAAGAUGAACUCGUACACUUACAAGUGCUUGCUUCAGGCCUAUUUGCGGUCCCGUGAUUCCUCCAAUGCUUUCCAUACGUAUUUGGAAAUGCGAAGGCGUGGUUACAAUUUGGAUAUAUUUGCAUAUAACAUGCUUUUGGAUGCGUUGGCCAAAGAUGAAAAGGUUGACCUGGCUUACAAGGUUUAUGAAGACAUGAAAAGGAAGCAUUGUGAACCCGAUGAGUUUACGUAUACAAUUAUGAUUAGAAUGACUGGAAAAAUGGGUAAAGCUCAUGAGGCCUUGGAACUUUUUCAGGAAAUGAUAUCAAAGGGCUGCAUUCCUAACUUAAUUGCUUUUAAUACUAUGAUCCAGGCCUUAGCUAGGAACAGGAUGGCUGGAAAGGCCAUCCUUCUCUUCUCAAAAAUGGUGGAGAACAAUUGUAGACCCAAUGAAUUUACAUACAGUGUUAUUUUGAAUGUCUUGGUUGCUGAAGGGCAGCUUGGUAGAUUAGAUGAGGUUGUGGAAAUAUCAAAGAAAUACAUGACCAAGUCCAUAUAUGCUUACCUUGUACGGACACUAAGCAAAUUGGGACAUGCUAGUGAAGCUCACCGGCUAUUUUGCAACAUGUGGACUUUACACGAGAAGGGAGAUAGGGAUUCUUAUGUGUCCAUGUUGGAUAGUUUAUGCAGUGCAGGUAAAACAACAGAGGCUAUUGACCUUCUGAGCAAGAUUCAUGAAAAAGGGAUAACUACUGACACUAUCAUGUAUAACACAGUAUUCUCAGCUCUUGGAAAGUUGAAGCAAAUACCUCAUCUAAUUGAGCUUUAUGAGAAGAUGAAACGUGAUGGCCCUUCACCAGACAUAUUUACCUACAAUAUUCUGAUAUCCAGCUUUGGUAGAGUCGGUAAAGUUGCUGAGGCUGUUAAAUUCUUUGAAGAACUCGAGAACAGCAAUUGCAAACCUGAUAUUAUCUCUUACAAUUCUUUGAUCAACUGCCUAGGGAAGAAUGGUGAUCUAGAUGAAGCACAUAUGAGAUUUAAGGAGAUGCAAGAGAAAGGAUUGAGUCCUGAUGUGGUUACAUACAGCACUCUCAUCGAGUGCUUUGGCAAGACAGAUAAAGUGGAGAUGGCCAGCAGGUUGUUUGAUGAGAUGAUUGCCGAAGGCUGCUAUCCAAACAUUGUAACAUACAACAUUUUACUUGAUUGCCUCGAGAGGUGUGGGAGAACUGCUGAGGCAGUUGAUUUGUAUGCUAAACUUAAGCAGCAGGGGCUGACACCGGAUUCAAUUACAUAUGCAGUGCUGGAACGGUUGCAGAGCGGUUCUCAUAAGAAAAUUAGAGUUCGUAAGCAGAGUCCGAUUACUGGUUGGGUUGUUAGCCCUUUAAGGUGAUAAAUGACAAUUUUGCUAUUGCUUGAUGAGGUUUGUACAUACACAAUUUUGCAUUCACCCCUUUUGCAGCGCUUUUGAAUUGCUGAUACCAUGUGACUAAAAUGGUGAUAAUCACACCUGGAGACUUGCUUGUUGAAUUAUUUUUCUUAAUCGAUAUUCAGGUAAAAAUAAACUUAGGGAAAGGUAGGCAGGAUUUGAGGUCAUUACAGACUUUGGUUCCCAAACUCAAUUGGUAUAAAAGUUUUUGAGCUUUUCUCGGGUU